CGCCGUGAAGUCCACCCGCCCCGGGCCUCGGCUCGCUGUCUGCUCGUCAUGGCGACCGAGCAGAGGCCUUACCACCUGGUGGUGUUCGGUGCCUCAGGCUUCACCGGCCAGUUCGUGGCGGAGGAGGUGGCCCGGGAGCAGGUGGACCCACAGCGGAGCGCCCGCCUGCCCUGGGCCGUGGCGGGCCGUUGCCGGGAGAAGCUGCAGCGAGUGCUGGAGAGGGCUGCCCUGAAGCUGGGAAGACCGACACUACCAUCUGAAGUUGGAAUAAUAAUUUGUGAUAUCACUAAUCCAGCCUCACUUGAUGAAAUGGCUAAACAGGCAACAGUUGUCCUCAAUUGUGUAGGACCAUAUCGAUUUUAUGGAGAACCUGUAGUAAAAGCAUGUAUUGAAAAUGGAACUAGUUGUAUUGACAUCUCUGGAGAACCUCAGUUUCUGGAACUAAUGUAUUGGAAGUAUCAUGAGAAAGCUGCAGAAAAAGGGGUUUACAUCAUUGGAAGCAGUGGCUUUGACUCCAUUCCAGCAGAUCUGGGAGUAUUAUAUACCCGAAAUAAAAUGAACGGUACUUUGACUGCUGUGGAAAGUUUCCUGACUAUACAUUCAGGAUCUGAGGGACUGUGCAUUCAUGAUGGUACCUGGAAAUCAGCAGUUUAUGGUUUUGGAGAUCAGGGUAAUUUGAGAAAACUACGAAAUGAGUCCAGACUGAAACCUGUCCCAUUCGUUGGUCCAAAAUUGAAAAGAAGGUGGCCGAUUUCUUACUGUAGAGAACUCAGCAGGUAUGCCAUUCCUUUCUUGGGAGCUGAUGUGUCUGUUGUGAAGCGGACUCAGCGUUACUUGCAUGAAAAUUUGGAGGACUCACCGGUUCAAUAUGCUGCUUACGUAACGGUGGGCGGUAUCACCUCUGUUAUUAAGCUGAUGUUUGCAGGCCUUUUCUUUUUAUUCUUUGUGAGGUUUGGCAUUGGAAGGCAACUUCUCGUAAGAUUCCCAUGGCUCUUCUCCUUUGGUUAUUUUUCAAAGCAAGGUCCAACACAAAAACAGAUUGAUGCCUCGUCAUUUACAAUGACAUUCUUUGGUCAAGGAUAUAGCAAAGGCCUUGCUACUGAUAAGAGCAAACCAAAUAUCAGAAUUUGUACUCAGGUGAAAGGACCAGAAGCUGGCUAUGUGGCUACCCCCAUAGCCAUGGUUCAGGCAGCCUUGACUCUUCUCAGUGAUACCUCCAACCUUCCUAAGACGGGCGGGGUCUUCACACCUGGAGCAGCUUUCUCCAGAACGAAGUUGAUUGACAGACUUAACCACCGAGGCAUUGAAUUUAGUGUCAUUAGCAGCUCUGAGGUCUAAACAUUGGAAGAAUUAGCCAGAGUCAUAAAAUGCAUGAAUCAACAGCUUCUGUAUUUGAUAUUUGAAAUUCUUUUGUAAGCCUGUCUGACCAUAUCUGGAGGAUUGUCAAAUCUAAAAUAGCUACACAUUAAAAGCAGGCAAUUGAACUAGCUUACCCUAAAUUUCAAAUUUCAGCUGAUUUUUGUGAUUUUUAUUGCUUAUGAGAGAGAGAACUAAUAUUUCACUUUUUCCCUGAAGUGUUAAUGAUAAAUUUUUAUAAAUGAGCUGGCAGAUCAGACACGGUAGAGGAGGUAGGUGUCCCUCUGUGUUGUUGACCACAUUCCUCAGUGAGGGUGCCCCUGGCUAGCAUUCAUCGAGGGCAGUAACUGCUGCUUUCCUUGAUAGUGAGUGAAAGCUCACUUCCCGGUGAGGUUCUCUAUGUAUCGUGUGGGCCUUUGCUAAAUGAAACCACUUUUUGCUACUUUAGCCUAGUUUUUCACCUGUCUACAUGGAUUGAUUUUAGACUCUUGCUUAAGUUGAAUAAUAAAGGGCUGUCAAUUAAAUGUCA